AGGCGACGCAAGCGACGUAGAGGCUCCUCCGUCAUUCGGAAGUUCGGGAGAGGCGGUUCAACGGUGCCAGUGGAUCCGCAGUUGUAGGAUCAAGAUGACAACUGGUGACUUGAGGGGAUCCCUUCGAAAGUUGGAACAAGGACUUCGCUCAUUGAAUUAUCCUCAAGAUAUUGAUUGUAAUGGUCUUGCAAAAGGUGAUCCAGCUGCCUUUCUGCCAAUGAUGAGCUAUGCCUUUACCUCAUAUUCCACAUAUGUGACUGAGCAGCUAAUAGCAUCUGGAGUGGAACUUGUGGGAAAAAAUGACACUCGUUUUCUUGAUGCUGUUUACAAGGUGUUACGAGACCAGUUCCAGUAUAAACCAUUGCUUUUAAAGGAACAAGUUCUGCACUGUGGAUUUGCAGAACGGAAGAUGCAGCUUUUAUGUGACAUAAUAAGCCUUGUGACAAAAAAGCACAAGGAGUUAAGCAACCUCAACAAGGAUAAGGCACACUCAAGUAAAAAUUCACAUUAUCCUGUAAAAGUUUCAUCACGAUUUAAAUAUGAAAGGCACUUUACUGAAAGUUUCCCAUGUGAAACAAAUGAAACAAUAAGACCUUUAGUGGAGCGUCAUUUACCUAGUAAUGAUAUAAAAACAACUGGUAUUUCAUCCAUUUGUGAAAAUGAUAUUAUUGAAGACAAGUCUCUUGUUCUUGGAGAAUAUGUGGAGCCACCAACUUCACAUGAAUCACAUGCACUGGAGAUUGCCAUGCUUAAGCAGCAGAUUGCCAAAUGUCAGGAGAAGCUCCAAGUAUUGGAUGUGAUACAGAGUAAACUACAAGCUUUAGAGUGUGCUACAGCUGGGAAGGUGAUUAUAGAUGUGAGGGAUUGGAACAAUCUGCUAAGCCGUGUUGUUCUGCUGGAAACUCAACUGUUGCUACAUUCCAAAAAGAACAAUUUGCCUUCUGAUUCCAUCAGUGGGAAUAAUGAAUAUACUCUGUGCCAACUGACAAGUCGUAACUCUUCAGAUAAAGAACUGAGAGUCGAGACGCCAGAGAGUCUUAGCCAUCAGUCAUCUGGAUACAACUCACUGUUAUCAGCAGACGAAUCGCCCAAAGCAAUGACCAUUAAUUCAUUAUGUCUGACAGAAGUCACAAAGUCAGAGACGAAGCAUAAAGUGGAAAGGAUAAACAAAAUGAUUGAAGACACAUCAGAACUGCUGAAGUGCAGAGAGAGCUCAGCUGUAACUAAUAAUGCAGGCACGUCAUUGAUUUGCAAGCAAAAUUCCAUAGAUGCCGAAAAUCUAACAAAAACAGAAAAUGAUGGAAAUUUUCAGCACUUCAGGCAGUAACUGUGCAGAAACAUGCAGAAUUAACCUUUCAAGUUGGUUGAUACAGCUAAUUGCUUCAUUGCAAUACUUUGAAAUUUACAUGUAUCACUGUUGAUAAAAGUACAAUUAUAUAUUUUUUGCAGAUACUUAAUUUAUAAUAAGUUUAACUUAUUCACCUGCACCUAAACUUCCAAUUAUGAAGAUUUAUAACAUUGGAAGUUACAAUAAUAAAUGUCCAUGAAAUUAUUUAA